AGUUGCAGCAGAUUUGAGUUUAUUUAGGUGUCAGCGGAGGAAGAGCACGGCCAGCGGGUUGUUUGGCAUUUGGGUGACAGGAAUGUCACUUGCCACUUAUGAGGCCAAAACUGAAUAUUGUCUAGGUCUUGCUGGAGCAUAUUUACAACUUCAUUACUUGAGGAAUUGUGAACAAAGCUGGACAUCAAACAUCUUCACUCCUAUUCUUAUGAUGGGGAGAAAGUCAUUGAUGAAGCAGCUGAAGAAGUUUGGGCCCAGGACACUGCCCUGAGGAGGACUGAUGGAGGAAAAAAUGCCAAUAUGAACAGUGCGACUUCAGAGGAGAAAAGCGUGCCUCUGUGACAGAUAAGGAAUUGAAUGAUACAGUUAAGGCAGAGUUAAGUGUGUGAACUAGGUCUGGAGAGAUUAGAACUGACCCAACAUGAAGUACUACAUGGGGAUCGAUGUGGGAACUGCAAGUGUACGAGCAGCACUUACAGACCAGAAUGGUAAAGUGGUCGUGCAAGCUGAACAACCGAUCCAAAUUUGGAAACCACAGCCUGACUACUAUGAGCAGUCUUCAGAUGAUAUCUGGGCAGCCUGCUGUACUGUUUCAAAGAGAAUAGCUCAGGCAGCCAAUCUGUGCUAUCUCCAAGGAAUUGGCUUUGUUGCUACCUGUUCUCUUGUUGUGCUUGAUGAAAAAUUUGAGCCUCUAGCAGUUAAUGCAGAAGGGAUGAACAACAGGAACAUUAUCAUGUGGAUGGAUCACAGAGCAGUUGAUCAAGUAGACCGAAUAAAUCGAACAAAACACCGUGUGCUAAAAUAUAUGGGUGGAGUGAUGUCCCCAGAAAUGCAGCCACCCAAACUUCUGUGGUUAAAAGAAAAACUGCGAACCAUUUGCUGGGAAAAAGCUGGUCGUUUCUUUGAUCUCCCUGAUUUUUUAUCUUGGAAAGCCACAGGUGCAACUACAAGAUCUCUAUGUACGUUGAUUUGUAAAUGGACCUACUCUGCAGAAACAGGCUGGAAUGACUGCUUCUGGAAACAGAUUGGACUUGGAGAUUUAACGGUCAACAACCACUCCAAAAUAGGGAACGAUGUGUUGUCUCCUGGCAGCCGUGUGGGACGUGGCUUGACACCAGUCGCUGCUCAAGCGCUAGGACUACCUAUUGGCAUUGCUGUGGCAGCAUCUCUGAUCGACGCCCAUGCAGGAGGUUUAGGUGUGAUUGGGGCAGAUGUAAAAGGUUCCAACUUGCCUUGUGAGAACAAGCCAAUUACAUCAAGGUUUGCUCUCAUCUGUGGAACAUCCUCCUGCCACAUGGGGAUCAGUAAAGAUCCUAUAUUUGUGCCGGGUGUUUGGGGACCCUAUUACUCAGUUAUGGUACCUGGAUUUUGGCUAAAUGAAGGUGGACAGAGUGCUACAGGGAAACUGAUAGACCAUGUCAUUAGAAGCCAUGCUGCAUUCACCGAGCUGGAGUCUAAAGCCAAAGCUAGUGGGAAAAAUGUCUACAUGUACUUAAACAGUCACCUGGAGUCUAUUAAAAAGAGUUAUGCUGUGGGCAUGCUUACUGUUGAUUUACAUGUUUGGCCUGAUUUCCAUGGUAACAGAUCUCCCUUAGCAGAUCCUACCCUAAAGGGCAUGGUAACUGGAUUGGCAUUGUCCAACGAUCUUGAUGACCUUGCUAAACUUUACUUAGCCACAAUUCAAGCUUUGGCACUGGGAACCCGUCACAUAUUGGAAACAAUGCUGACAGCAGGCCAUCAAAUUGACACAAUCUUUAUGUGUGGUGGAUUGAGCAAAAAUCUGCUAUUUUCACAAAUACAUGCAGACAUUUCAGGCAUGCCAGUUGUCCUUGCCAAGGAGGAGGAAUCAGUUUUGGUGGGUGCUGCUAUUCUGGGAGCUUGUGCAUCAGGUGACUUUAGCUCUAUUCAGGAAGCUAUGGAAAAAAUGGGAAAAAUUGGAGAAAUAAUUCAUCCAGAUCCAAGGCAAAAAAGGUUUUAUGACAACAAAUACAAAGUCUUCCUGAAGCUUGUUGAGCACCAGAAGAAAUACAGAGCUAUCAUGCAAAACAUCUGAUUGCCACAGUGAGGAAAUGGCCAGAAUUCACUCAAUCCUUUACCACUUUCCAAGUGAAAAAGUUAUUUGGUAAUAAAAUUGCAAUUACUACAUUACUACCUUUGUACUGCAUGAGAAUGAACAUGAAUUUUUAAUAAUCAAGUCUGAAGAAAAGUAAUAUAUGCCUUCCCCCCCAAAAAUAUUAAUUUAAAAUAAUUAAAACGUGUAAGCAGUUUCACUUUUAUUUUAUCACUAAACUUGCUUCUUAUAAAUUGGAUGUUAAUGCGCAAGGAGUUUUACUCAGACUUUGGGUUGGAACCUGACUCCAGAUUCCAUUUCCAUGCUGUACAUUACAACUGCAGUUUCAGUUUUAUUUUGCACUGUGCUAUCCUUGUAAUGUAAAUCUACACAAAAAUGUACUUUAGGUUACUGUUAGUCAUGGAUUAAUUACUUGGGACUAGUGAGUUUACAAGGUGGCUAGAGUGUGUUACAAUAGACCAAUUCUAAUGUUCUUAAAAUAAAAGUGACAGAAGGCCUGAUUUAAACCCUUCCUACAUGAUGAGAAAGGGAUAUUUAGGGAUGGGGGGUGUUAAAAUGUCAAUGCUGCUUUCCCAACACUUAUGUGCAGCCACCAUUUUAACUGCCAGAUUUCCUUCAGUUUUUCUGCCUGAGGCCUCAUCUUUAUGUCACGGGUUAUUCAGAUCUGACACAAUCAUAACUACGGAUUGUGACAAUAGCACUCAUUGCCUGACCUACAGUGCCUGAGGCCAGGAGAGACCCAAGCAAAUUUAUUUUUUGAUUUUUGGAAGCUUGUCAGCCAGGAAGAGCAGGGGCACACCCCUUUCUGCACCUUCAGUCAGUAAUUUCCUGCUCCUGCUUGUUGGCUGUGUCAUCAUUCCAAUCUAAUUUGAAAGAUUAAAAUAAGGUCUGGGAGUUAAGAGGUGACAUUGACACCUUCGUUGGUGGUUCCUGCUCUCCCAGGCCCACACACACCACGGUCACAGCUUGACUUCAAAUUGUUAAAGUUGUCAGCCUAUCUCAAAAUACUGUAUUUAAGAGAAACACGAGCAUGUAAACAUAACACCAAUAAACUAUCAUUACUGGUCCUAUUUCAA